AUGCCAUCAUCUUAUCCUAGCCCCGCAAAUACGCCUCCCCCAGUGAGCCUGGGGAUCGACAGUGACCUGGCGCGCCAGAAUGAACGCUCUCCAACAAGAUCUCGUAUUUAUGUACCGGUUACUCCUCCGGCACACCCUCCAGCGACCCCUCUAAUUACCCCUCCAACGUCCCCCUCGAAGAAUGGAUCCGUUUCGGCCGUUAAGGCUACUGCUAUCGCAGCUCCGAUGGGCCUCGAGGAUCUGAAAAAUGAGUUGGACCUUGACACUGGAAAAUGCGGGUCGCCUAUAACGAAACGAGGAAACCCUCCAUGCAAAAAUCCAAAUCCUGGCGAUAUCGACAGUCAGAUUGAGUCUAUAACGGCGCUAACUCAAGCGUCCGUAGAGCUUCCUUAUGAGCUUGAGAUACUUGCAGAGCUAGCUCUCUGCAAGCACCAUAUUAUAACCGAAAAGAAAGCUACUCGAAUCAAGCUCUGGAAGAAGGUUUUUCUAAUUAGAGACGAGAGGGCAGUCCUACUCGAAUUAAUUACAGAUCAAAUUAAAAAUAUACUUGUAUAG